CAUUACAUAUUUUUUUCAUCAAAGCAAAAUGGGGGCGUUCUUUGGAAUUGGAAACUGCAGUCUCUUGGUGAUCCUCAUUGCUUCCAUGGCAUACCAUGGUGAAGGCUUAGGGUUUAUUGCAACUAGAGAGACUCAGUUCGUGGUCGACCAAUCUCCUUUCUUCUUCAAUGGAUUCAACUCUUACUGGCUCAUGGACGUUGCAUCCGACCCAAGCCAGAGGUACAAGGUUUCCAAUGUGUUCCGGGAUGCCGCUGCCACUGGUCUAUCCAUCUGCCGCACUUGGGCUUUCAGCGACGGUGGCAGCCGCGCCCUCCAAACAUCUCCCGGCGUCUACAACCAGAAUUUUUUUCAGGCACUAGAUUUCGUGGUUUCAGAGGCACGAAAGUAUAAUAUUCGACUAAUCUUAAGUUUGGUCAACAAUUGGAAGGACUAUGGAGGAAGAUCUCAAUAUGUUAACUGGGCUAAAAGUGUAGGAGUCCCAGUUAAUAAUGAUGAUGAUUUUUACACCAAUGCAAUCCUUAAGGGUUAUUACAAGAACCAUGUCAGGGCAGUUCUUACAAGGAUGAACACAAUAACUAAAGUUGCAUACAAGGAUGAUCCAACUAUCAUGGCCUGGGAGCUAAUGAAUGAACCUCGUUGCCAAGUUGACAGCUCUGGAAAAGCCCUAAUUGGUUGGGUCCAAGAGAUGGCUUCUUAUCUUAAAUCUAUAGAUAGUAAACACUUAUUGGAGAUAGGCCUAGAGGGCUUCUAUGGGGAGUCCACUCCAGACAGGAAGCGGUACAAUCCGGGAGGUGGCUUGUUUGGCACAGAUUUUAUAACCAAUAACCAAAUUAAAGAGAUUGAUUUUACUUCCAUACACGCAUAUCCUGAUGCUUGGUUGUCUGGCCAAAACCAAACCUCUCAAAUGGCGUUUGUUCAAAGGUGGAUGACAAGUCACUCAGCAGACUCAAAAACUAUAUUGAAGAAGCCAUUAGUAUUUGCUGAAUUUGGAAAAUCAAAGAAAGUUGCAGACUACACUGCAAGUGGGAGAGAUACUUACUUAAAAUCUAUAUACACCACAAUUUACAAUGAUGCAAGUAAAGGAGGAGGAAUGAGAGGAGGGUUGGUUUGGCAACUAAUGGCUGAAGGAAUGGAGUCAUAUUAUGAUGGGUAUGAGAUUGUUCUACCACAAGAUCAAUCCAUAGCUGCUAUCAUCACUCAACAAUCUCAGAAGAUGAAGGAGCUUAUGCACUAGUGACCUAUCUUUGUUUAGAUCAUGCAAUUUGCAUUUACUUAAUAAUAUCAAUGAAUAUUGUACCACAAAA